UCACUGAGGCUCCUCCUCCCGCCGCUGUGCAGCUCUGCGCCACUCUGUGCGCCUCUCACACACUCUGAGCUGCGCAAACAACCUGCCAGCACCGCUUUAUCUCUGUGUCCGGACGCUCGCCUUUUCUAACUCUUCACCAUGAGUGUCGUGGCCUCAGAACACGUGUUUUUGUCCGCUUUGCAGCCCAACACCUCGGUCACCACCUAUGGACUCCCGUCGGAGAUCCACCUCGGGAACGGGGGCUCCAUGUCGGACGAGAUGAGCAGAGCGCAGCGCGUCCAGCAGCAGGUCAAGAUGAGACUGGCCGAGAAGUCCACACUUCCGCGUCACAAUGGGUCCACCUCACAGUACGCCAUGUCAGACUACGGCGGUUCUUCAACAAUGAAAUAUCAGACCUACAGCCCAAACUACAGCUCUAGAUCCUCUUACGUGACCUCUGGCUCCAGAACAAUGGGUCCACGCGUAUCCCAGAGGGCGGGCUACAGCGCCCAGUCUGCUGGUCCAGACAUGGCCCAGAUGCACAAAAUCAGUGUCGGUGGAGGAUACAGCGGCGGUGGUGGAGGAUACAGUAGUACUGGUGGUGGAUACAGUACUAUUGGUGGAGGUGGAGUUGGUGGUGUUAGCACUUAUUAUCGAGAAGAAUCACGCCUAGGCGGUUACCAAGGGGGCGGCAGGCAACCGAGCCGAAUGGACUCAGACGGCAUCACCAUGCAAGCAAUUCGUCAGCACACAUCAGCGCCGGUGUAUCCCUGGAUGGUGGACGGCAGCGAUGCUGGCAGCUUGGUGUCCGACCGCGACGCCGUCAUCGGCGGUCGCCAGUACGCUCACAGCGCAGUCAACGGCUACACCAGCCAGAUGAGACAAGGAGGAGGGGCCAUGACAAUGCAAUCACCCAUGCGUCGAUCUCUUAGUGGCACUCUUUCCCGCGGCGGCGGGAUGGAAGGAGGAGAGGUGAUGGUUACCCAGCAACAUUCCUUCAAGGGCCCAGCGCACCGCACCAUCAGCAGGAUUACAAACCGGAACCGAAUGAGCAUGGGCUCCGUGUCCGGGCAGCAGGUGUCCUCAGCAGGGAGCCUCUACGGUGGAGACAGAGUGGACAGAGGGUUCAUCGUAGGUGGAGUGUCCUCUGCUUCUCAGGGGAACCUGAUGCAGCGUCAGGGCACCAUGUCCCGCGCCAUGUCAGUCAAAAGCAUGCAGAGUGUCGGCCGGGGCAUGGACAUCUUCGGCGGCCAGGAGAUGGGAGCCAGCAUGGGAAACCUCAGCGGGAUCAACACCUUGGACAUGUCCUCAGCCGUGCAACACCUGAGACUGUCCGACCAAGACCUGCAGGUCCUGGGUGCCGCCUACAUUCAACAUGAGUGUUACAAUGACAGCGACGCCAAAAACGAGGUGCGUCGCUUGAAGGGCAUUUCUGAGCUGGUGAAGCUAUUCAACAGUGAGAACCUGGAAGUUCAGCGUUACGCCACGGGCGCCACACGCAACCUCAUCUAUGAGAACAUGGACAACAAGGUGUCCCUGAUCGAGGAGGGCGGCAUCCCACAGCUGGUCGAAGCGCUUAAGGAGCCUGACGACGAGCUCCGCAAAAACAUCACAGGUAUCCUGUGGAACCUUUCAUCCAAAGACAACCUGAAGGAGAAACUGGCCAGGGAGACGCUUCCUGAGCUGACUGAGAAGAUCCUCAUCCCUCUGGCAGGCGGAGAAACUGAUGGCAUCAGUCAGUCUGCCUCCGAGGCAGACAUCUUCUACAACACCACAGGAUGCCUCAGGAAUAUGAGCUCUGUGAAUGAGAAGACCCGUCAGCAGAUGAGAGAAACACACGGACUGGUGGACUCUUUGGUGGCCUACAUUAAGGCCUCCCUUGAAGAAAACAAAGCAGAAGACAAGGGUGUGGAAAAUGCAGUGUGUGUCCUGAGGAACCUUUCCUACCAGCUCUACAGUGAGAUGCCUCCAUCUGCUAUGAUGCGCCUGGAAGGACCAACCAGAGACCAGGCCUCAGGAAAGGGCGAGGCCAUUGGUUGCUUCUCCCCUCACGGCAGGAAAGCCAAAAAUAGCAAGUGCCAGGAUAUCUCCACUUUCACUGAGGUCGCUCGGGUGCCGAAGGGCGUGGAGUGGCUGUGGCACCCACAGAUAGUGGGAGUGUACAACCAGGUGCUGCAUCAGUGUGAGAUCAACUCCACCACCCGCGAGGCAGCGGCUGGGGCGCUGCAGAACAUCACAGCUGGAGACAAAAGGUGGGCGUCAGUGCUGAGCCGCGUGGCUCUGGAGCAGGACCGUGUGCUGCCAGUGCUGCUGGACCUCCUGCGUACCAACAGUGACUUGGAGCUGCGUUCUCUCACAGGAUUCCUGCGAAAUCUGUCCCGCCAUGCCAGGGAUAAGAAUGACAUGGCCACAAAGGUGGUGAACAACCUGGUGACCAAGCUGCCCGAUGACGGACAAAAGAAGGAGCCGUCUAGCGACGUUGUGGUCAACAUCUGUGGUAUUCUCAAUAACCUGGUGACCUGCAGCACUUUAGCUGCCAGAGACAUCACCUUUUUUGAUGGUCUGCCAAAACUGAUUGGCAUCAGGGACUCGCAUGACAGCAGCUCUGGGAAGAUGAAAGCAGCCAAAGCAGCAGCCACAGUUCUCAGCAACAUGUUCCAGUACAAGAAACUGCACAAAACCUACAAAGAAAAAGGGUUUUCAAGACGGGAUUUUGCAGAUAUGACGAUCUAAAACAAAGUGGUACGAGCUCCACCAGCCCCCUUUGGACUAAACGGACUGUUAAUACUGUUAAAAGAUAGCGUAGGUUUAGUUUUUAUUUGUUGUACUUUGUGACGAGAACAUGGACACACAAGUGAUGGAGGAUCUAACCGAUGGAAAAGCACUUUUUGUGUGUUUUUAAAAGUCGAUGGACAGCUCAAGAAAUGUGGAUCAGAACGUUGGGACUAUCGAUGGACUCUGAUACAAAAGUGUGCACCUUAACCAUUUGCUCCCUUUGUUUGAACACUGUAUGUUUUAGUGUGGAAUCAGGGAUUUCUCUUCUCUCAGAGCAGCAUGUUUUCAGUCCAAACUGUUUGUUUCUGCCAUUUUAAAAACAGUUAAAAAACUGUUGGACAAUAUGGUGAACGCUUGUGCCUUUUCUUCUUAUUGUUGCACCACAAUCACAGCACAUGCAUGUGUGAUUCUAACAUGCCAUUUUUUGUAAAUAUUGCAUCUUCUUUUACAUAGAAAUCAAGUGUUUUAUAUAUUGCAGCUUUGUACUUAGUUCUCGGAUGGAUAAAUGUGUUUAUAAAUGAGUGUAUGUUAUAACAUAUAGUUAUAAUUGAAUGUAAACCACAAGAGAUUUAUAUAUAUUUGGUUGUUUAAUAUGUAAUUAGAUUCAGUGAUGUGGGGAUUAGGAUUGUGCCUUCAAAGUUGACUUCUGUAUGUGCUUUUUAAACUUGUAAAAUCUCAGUCUUGUCAUAUAAAAAUGCUGAUGUGUGACAUUUGUAAUUGCCUUAUCAAAACAAACUUGUUGAGUAAAAUGAUGUUUAUUUUUCCUUACACAGGGGUGAAAGGAAUAGUUUUAACUUUGAUUUGAGAACAAAUACAAUAUUUGUUUGUAUUUGAGGUCUUACUGCAAGAGCUAACACUUCACUUUCAGACACUAGAAACUUAUUUGGAUUGGCAAGUAUGAUAUAGAGUUCAAAUAUCAGAUAAAAUCUUUGAUUUAUAAUAGCUCUGUAGCAUAAGUGGUGACUUUGUGUGUGGCGUCUGACUGUUUUAUAUUUGAUUUUGCGUUGUGUACAGGCAGAUGUAUCGUGGAUAUUUUUUAAGCGAAUAAAAAGACAGAUU